CAUCUUAUCGACUGAAUAAAUGCGAGCCACCAAUAAAUGCUGUCAUAAAUAUAUGCAUGAAUGCACAUUCCACUUCCGGUUUACUUCCGUGUUUGCCGCCGUUGUCUCCUCAACUGCCGAAAUGAGGAUCGUGACCUGGAAUAUCAACGGAAUUCGAACAUUUGGAGGCGGGAUAAAGGAAGCCCUAGAUUCCUUAGGUGCUGAUAUUGUUUGUGUUCAAGAGACCAAAGUGACCAGAGACCUGCUGACUGAAAGGACUGCGAUCGUGGACGGCUACACCUCUUACUUCAGUUUCAGCCGAGGGCGGAGCGGUUAUUCAGGCGUUGCCACGUACUGCAAGAAUGCUGCGACACCCUUUGCUGCUGAGGAGGGUCUGUCAGGUCUGCUGAGCAGCCAGAAAGGAGCUGUCCAGUGCUACGGCGACCAGUCCGGCUUCACAACUGAGGAGCUCCAGCUUCUGGACAACGAAGGCAGAGCUGUGAUCACUCAGCACAGAAUCAAGUGCAGGGACCAAACCCGAGCUCUGACUGUGAUCAACGUGUACUUCCCCCGAGCGGACCCCGACAAGCCCGAGAGAAAGCAGUUCAAGCUGAACUUUUAUAAGCUGCUCCAGUUGCGCGCGGAGGCCUUGUUGCAAGGCGGCAGCAGCGUGAUCAUCUUGGGGGAUGUCAACACUUCUCAUCGGCAGAUUGAUCACUGCGACCACAGCGAUGCUGAGAACUUCGAGGACAACCCUGGCAGAAGAUGGCUGAGUAACUUCUUAACCAGCCAGGAAGACUCUGACCAGGCGCCGGAGGAUGCAGGGAAGUUCAUCGACACAUUUCGCCUGUUCCACCCGACUCGCACAGGCGCCUUCACGUGCUGGUCCACCCUCACCGGGGCGCGGCAGACCAACUAUGGCACCCGCAUCGAUUAUAUACUGGCUGACCGCUGCCUCGCAAAGCAAGAGUUUGUGGCGGCCGACAUCAUGCCGGAGGUGGAAGGGUCUGAUCACUGCCCUGUGUGGGGGGAACUGAGUUGCGCCCUCCUGUCCAACUCCAAGCCUCCUCCUCUCGCCACUUGCUACCUGCCGGAAUUUGCUGGCAGGCAGCAGAAACUCUCCCGCUUCCUUGUCCGGGUCGAGCAGAGAUCGCUUCCAUGCAAGCAGGAGGAGGCGUUGCCUGGGUCUCAAGAGGAGGAGGAGCAGAGGGAGAACUUAAAAUCCUUCCGUGCUGGGAUCGAGGGUCGAAAGCGUUUGUCGCAAGCAGAAUCUGCUCAGUCAAAGGCGAAAAAGACAAAAACAACAGCUUCUUCAAAACCAAAAGGGAGUCUUCUGUCCUUUUUCAAACCCAAACUCACAGAUGCAACGUUGCCAAACCAUGAGGCUUCAAUAGUGACAUCAGCAUCUGUGAAAGGUGAGACAGAUGUGAGCAGCAAAAGGGUCAAGGACUCAAGCGAGGAGUCGAAACUCCAAACUGAUCCUCGGUCACCUGCUGGACACUCAAAGAAAGGAGCCUCCAUGGACUUCUGGAAGUCGGUGCUUCACGGCCCGCCCCCACCACCCAGCUGUAAGGCUCACGGAGAGCCUUGUGUGCUGCGGACGGUGAAGAAGGAGGGGCCAAACCUGGGCAAACAGUUUUUCGUUUGCGCACGUCCUCAGGGUCACGCUUCCAACCCGGAGGCUCGCUGUAACUACUUUGCCUGGGUGGAAAAGGGCCGCUCAUAAGCAAAAGUUUUUUUUAAAUCUUGUGGAGAAAAAUCCAAAAACACUUAUUUUAAUAAAGUAUAUUUUCUGUUCCUGUGCAGUCGUUCAUUGUGCACGUUUUAGUAGCACAAAGUCUGUCGAGUAAAAUUUUAGGAAUUAAUUUUCCAAUUAAAUGUUUCUACAUUUUCACUCAACAUUUUCAGGUUGGAUGGCAUUGUG